AUGGAUCCGCUAUGUCUUCUGAGGCUUUGUGGAGAUUCGAUAGAGAGUGUGGAGGCAGUUCGAGCAUCUGCAGCAAGGUUCUAUGACUAUCACUCAGAUGCAGCCAAUGUUGGAAGGGGAGCUGAGAUAGUUUUACCUCAGGGGAGAGGUGAUGGUGACUCACGAAAGGCAGCUAAGCAAAAAUCAGCUGGGUUACUUGAGCUCGACGAGGUGUCAGCAAUAAGAGCCGAAAUUGCAAGGCUAUCCAAUCAGAUGACGAGGAUGACAAUGCAGCAGCCACAGCCAAUGCAACAGCCUCAGAGACCACCCCAACAAAUGGAAGAGAGCACAAAUGAUUUACUAAAGAAGUUGUUGAUUGACAAUCAGCAGCUCAGGACCGACUUCAGAAAUCUUGAGAGGCAGAUGGGGCAGUUAGAAACGAAUCAAAACACUAGACCUACAGGAGCCCUCCCCAGUGAUACAGAAAAGAAUCCGCAAGUGAAUGCAGUUACACUUAGAAACGGGAAGGAACUUGAGGAAGUGCCAAAGAAAAGGAAAGAUAAGCCCGUGCCUGAGGGGGAGUUGAUCCCUAAAGUGACAAAUAAGCCAAAGAAGACUGCUGAAAUUCCAGAGCCAGGGGGGGCCCCAAGGCAAUUGGGUCUUGGAGCUCCAAGGCUAACUACUGUGAUGUUGCAGCUGGCUGAUAGGUCGAUAGCACACCCUGAGGGGGUGAUUGAAGAUGUGUUGCUGCAAAUUGGGAAAUUCAUCUUCCCUGCUGAUUUCAUUAUCCUCGAUUAUGAGGCUGAUGAACUGGUCCCAAUCAUAUUAGGGCGACCUCUCCUGGCUACUGGUGAUGCAAUUAUCAAAGUGAGAAAGGGAAAGAUGAUCUUGAGGGUAGAUGAGGAGGAAGCAGUUUUCAAUGUCUACAAAGCAAUCCAACUCCCCUGUCACAAUGACGAGCUGUCCAUGAUAUCAGUUAUUAAGGUUGAUGAGCAAAUUCGUGAUCCAAGUGUAUAUCUAGACGAUUCUCUAGAGAAAGCACUUAUGUUAUUUGAUAGCCUGGGGAAUGAUGAGGAGGUUGAGGAGAUGAUGCACAUUCUUGAUACAUCUUGUGCAUACAUGCAGGGGACACACCCCUUUGAACCUUUGAACAGGCCACAGGGACCUCCUCCAAAGCCGUCAAUUGAGGAAGCCCCGAAAUUGGAUCUUAAACCUCUCCCAUCUCACCUGCAAUAUGCUUAUUUGGGAGACUAUGACACUUUACCUGAAGAAAAGCUGUUGAGAGUGCUACGAGAGCACAAGCGAGCAAUUGGGUGGACGAUGUCCGACAUAAAGGGCACUAGUCCAGCCUUUUGCAUGCAUAAAAUCCUCAUGGAGGACGGACACAAGCCCAGUGUCGAGCAACAACGACGACUUAACCCAAUCAUGAAAGAGGUGACAGCAAAUGGGUGUAUGAUGGCCAUUUUCACUGAUAUGGUCGAGAGGUUUGUAGAAGUAUUCAUGGAUGAUUUUUCUGUUUUUGGAUGUUCUUUUGAUAACUGCUUAAUGAACCUCGAUAAAGUACUUUCUCGGUGUGAAGAGACUAACUUGGUGCUAAAGUGGACAAGGCAAAGGUGGAAGUUGCUUGAGAAGGAUGUUGCCUUCAAAUUUGAUGAUGCCUGUCUGAAGGCAUUCGAGGAGCUGAAGGGCAAGUUGGUGACUGCACCGAUCAUAGUUGCUCCGGAUUGGGAGCAACCAUUUGAAUUGAUGUGCGACGCAAGCGACUUAGCUAUUGGAGCUGUCUUGGGGCAAAGGAGAAACAAGAUCUUUCAUUCCAUCUACUAUGCGAGCAAGACCCUGAACCCAGCUCAGAUGAAUUAUACCGUCACUGAAAAAGAGUUACUUGCAGUGGUGUGGGUGUUUGACAAGUUCCGGUCAUAUCUUGUGGGGACCAAAGUCAUCGUCUACACAGAUCAUUCAGCCAUCAGGUACUUGUUUGAGAAAAAGGACGCCAAGCCGAGAUUGAUUCGGUGGGUCCUACUGUUGCAAGAGUUUGAUUUGGAGAUCCGGGAUCGUAAAGGAACAGAAAAUCAAGUGGCAGAUCACCUAUCCAGAUUAGAAAAUCGGAACCAUGUGGCUGAAGGGGGUGCAAUCAAAGAAACAUUCCCUGAUGAGCAGUUAUUGGCAAUCACCUCAAGCACAGCUCCGUGGUAUGCAGACUAUGUGAACUUUAUUGCAAGUGGAGUGACACCACCAGAAUUGACACUAGACAAUAGAAGAAGGUUCUUGCAUGACGUGAGGCUUUACAUGUGGGAUGAGCCAUUCUUGUACAAGCUCUGUGCUGAUCAGUUGGUGCGGAGGUGUGUUCCUGAGGAAGAAAUGAGCUCCAUACUUCAUAGCUGUCACUCCUCGCCAUAUGGGGCUCAUCACGGUGGAGACAGAACCGCUCAGAAAGUGCCAGAGAACCAGAACAAUCACGAAGAAGCACGAGAUUCCACUGCACAACAUUCUGGUAGAGGAGCUUGGGUGGAGGCCAUUGCUCUCCCCACUAACGACGCAAAGGUGGUGGUAAGCUUUGUCAAAAAGCACAUCUUUACCCGUUUUGGAACUCCCAGAGUGUUGAUCAGCGAUGGAGGUACGCAUUUCUGCAAUAAACUGUUGAACAACGUCCUUGCAAAGUAUGGGGUCAAGCAUAAAGUCUCCAAUACCUAUCACCCACAGACGAGUGGUCAAGUGGAGAUUUCAAACCGAGAGGUCAAGCAAAUUCUUGAGAAAACGAUGAGUGCAAAUAGAAAAGAUUGGGCUGGGAAGUUAGACGAUGCAUUAUGGGCGUACCGAACAGCAUACAAAACUCCCAUAGGUGCUUCUCCGUAUAGAUUAGUGUAUGGGAAGGCAUGUCACUUGCCCGUUGAGCUUGAGCACAAGGCCUAUUGGGCAAUAAAGAAGUUGAAUAUGGAUGGGGACUUGGCUGGAGAGAAGAGGUUGCUGCAACUAGAUGAGCUCGAGGAGUUUCGAUUACACGCAUAUGAGAAUGCCAAAUUGUACAAAGAGAAGACUAAGAGGUGGCAUGACAAGCACAUUCAAUUUCGAGAGUUCGAGCCAGGGCAAGUUCUUUUGUUCAAUUGGAGAUUGAAACUUUUUCCUGGAAAGCUUAAAUCUCGUUGGUCGGGCCCUUUUGUUGUGGUAAGCGUGAAACCUCAUGGAGCCGUGGAAUUGAGAGAUAUGAGUUCAACUGGCACCUUCUUGGUGAACGGUAUCAUGACUCCUUCCAAGAAACGACGUACCAAAGGUGCUUCAUCGAGCAGUCAAGCUGGCUCAGCUAGGCCUUCACGAGGGGCUGCCCCUGCACCCUCUUUUGAUGCUACUAAGUUCGUAUCGCCCAAAGCUCAGGCCCUAUUUGCAGAAAAGGCUCGUCGAAAGCCUAUUCCGGAGAGAGGUGUUGACAUUCGAUGGCUUCAGAAAUUUUGCCCUCGUGUGUAUGAUGAGUUGAUGAGGCGGGGAUUGCAAACAUUCCUCAAUGAGCCCGGUGAGGCCAAUGCCAAAGGGAGUUCUACGCCAACGUGCCAGAGCAUAAUAAUGGGAUAG